GAACCGAUUAAGCCUUCAGAACUCAGUUGUGAGAUAAGUAAACCUUUUCAAGAAACUCUACCAUGCUGAGCGGAUUCAGGAACAUUUUGCACGCGCUGCGUGCGAAUCGCAUUCUCUUGAUAUUUGUGCUGCUCGAGACGAGCCAGCUCCUGGGAGUGCUUCAGCUCGACUGCCGGGAGAUGCCAUACGAGCUGCUCUGCAGUCUCAUCUACACAGUCUUCUCCCUGUGCAGCUGUUUCUAUGGCUACGGGUUUGUUGGGCUGCGUAAGCUGGGUCCAUUGGGGAGGCUUCUGUGCGGGCUCUGCGGCUCGAGCAUGAAACUCUGGCAGCGCCUGGGCUUGUUGAUGCUGCUGCCGUGGAGCUGGAAGAUGCUGCAGCAGAUUGAGCGAACUGCAAGCAAUUGCCUGGGGAACGAGCAACUGUCGGGCAUGAAGCUGCUCGCGGGCUUGACGAUCUUGGGCGUACAGCUCGCACUAUUCGCUGCCACGGAAUUCAUAACUAUUCGGCAACACAGGAAGCUGAAGAGGGCCCUGAGAUUGACCCAGUAUAACGAGAAUCACGAGAUUCGUAACUAUGCUCAGGCCAUAAACAAUUCAUUUGGCUUCGAUAUGUUCGAAAUUCCAGAUGUGCAAAAUUGAAGCAUGUUCUAUUUAUACUCAAUAAAAUUGUGAAGU